AUGUCAAAUGGACAAGCCGAAAGGUUUGUGGAUACUUUAAAGCGAGCACUCAAAAAGUUAAAUGGGAAGGGGGUAACUGCUGAAAAUCUUCAAAUAUUUCUACAAGUUUACCAAUCAACUCCGAAUACGCAAAAUGAGGACAGUAUAUCGCCAGCUGAAGUUUUACUAAAAAGAAAUAUCCGUGUUAAACUUGACUUGAUUAAACCAACGCUGGUGUCUUUACCAGACCCAAAUGCCACGCUUAAAAACAAGUGCGAUACACAACUCAAAAUGAAAGCGCAGUUUGACAAAAGGCACGGAAAAAUAAUUGAACGCAUAGGUAAUGUCAUUUACAAUGUUCGCUUACAAAAUGGCAAACUUAUUCGUGCACAUGCCAACCAAACUCGUUACCGAAAAGAUCAUAAAAAUGAGUUAUCAUCAGAAAUACGUACUUCCGAAGAUAUCGCCAACGAAAAGUGUUUAGCUGAUGCAUUCGGCCUCUACGAAACAACACCUAAAGAUGUAGUCAAAAUAACUAACAAAUACAUAGUUUCGACUCCAGCUCAAUCUUUCAAUGAAGUAUCCGAGAUUGCAAUUCAUCAAACUGAGAAGCACAAUGAGGCAGUUGUUCCGUAUACCCGACCAAGGCGUACUGGAUAUCCUAUUGACCGAUUUAGAUCCUAG